CAUUUUCUUGAAAAGACCGCAAAUAUUUCAGAUAUAAUCAAUCACAACACGAAACUGUUUUAGGAGUCCACAAAAUGUAUAACACAUUUAUAAAUGUCAGAAAAAUUUGUAUCACUUGUGCUUGCUAUAUUUUAUAUUCAUAUUUGUUGUACAUACAUAUUAUGCCUUUGUGUUACUAGAAAUCUUUUUGUGAAUUGUUCAUUGUUGGAAAUGAAUCGUAUCGGAGGAGUGUAAACGAUGUUACGUGUUACGUUACAUACUUAUUCGUGUAUGUAUAAAAUACAUACUUAUACAUGUAUAUAUGUGUUGAGUGUUAGAUAGUCUCGAACACAGGUUUGGUGAUCAUGAACAAGAAUGAAAGAGAUUCGAUUUAAUAGCUACGUAUUUCUAUACGAAAGUUUAUAAAAUAACGCACGAUUGGUUUAUGGACGAAGGUGAUUAGCGUCCCGGGGAAAUUGAUGAAUAAUAAAGAUAAUGGGUUAGAAGAGAAAAAGAAGAAGAAACGGAAGCGGAGGCGAAUGAAACGAUAAGGCUAUAUCGACUGCCGCUGAAUGCCGAGGCAUUGGUCUCGCAUUAAGUCGAAAUAAACGGUACACGUGUACAUGCUUACGUGCCAGUACGGCGAAGAUGCGAACGAGAAAAAACAACAGUCGCGGCAAUAGCGGGCAGUGAACGAUACGAAAGUAGAAUACGUACACAAAAAACGGAGGUUAUCGUUGAUAAUUUUCGGCUGUGAUCAAGAUCAAAAUCGAGAUCGACGACGACGACGACGACGGGAUAGGAACGGGAAUACGGGAAGUACAAGGAGCAGGAAACACUUGGAAUCGUUUAGAGCAGAGGAAAAGGAAUGACAAGGUUACACCAUUGUACGUUUCGUCUACAAUGAGAAAUUUGAUACAUAAAUCGAGUGAACGAAAUUUGCAAAGCAACUGUUGAAAGGAACGGAGACGCGUGGCAAGAGAGCAGAAAGAACUAGAAAAGAAGCAUCGUAAAUUGAUUCAAGUUAAUAUGACGAUACACGAUGACAACGCGAUGUUCGCACGAGCCGGUACCGCCUUGUUUUACGGAUUGUCUUCUUUUCUGAUCACGGUAGUAAAUAAAACGGUGUUGACUUCAUUUGGGUUCCCAUCGUUUCAAGUCCUCGGCAUAGGACAGAUGUUGGCUACCAUCGUGUUGCUCUUUGCAGCAAAAAAAUUGCGCUACAUCGAUUUUCCUAACUUAGAGGCAGGAAUCUGCUUAAAGAUCUGGCCAUUACCGAUCAUUUAUCUCGGGAACAUGAUCUUUGGUCUGGGCGGUACGAAGCAGCUCAGCCUCCCGAUGUUCACCGCCCUCAGGCGAUUCAGUAUCUUGAUGACGAUGAUUGCCGAGUACUAUAUCCUGGGUGCUAAGGCGCGCGUCUCCGUUCAACUGAGCGUCUACACAAUGAUCCUCGGAGCCGUGGUCGCGGCAUUGAACGAUCUUGCUUUCAAUCUCGAGGGAUACGUGUUCAUUCUAUUGAACGAUCUGUUCACGGCUGCGAACGGUGUCUACAUGAAGAAGAAGCUGGACUCGAAAGAGCUAGGAAAAUACGGACUGAUGUACUAUAACUCGUUGUUUAUGGUUCUGCCAGCGAUCGCCGUCGCUUGCUGGACAGGAGACGCGCGUUCCGUUAUGAACUUCCCGCAUUGGACCAACGUUUUCUUCAUCGUACAGUUUGGGCUUUCGUGCGUGAUGGGUUUCGCCCUCUCCUACAGCAUGAUCCUCUGCACGCUUUACAACUCCGCGUUAACCACUACCAUCAUUGGAUGUCUGAAAAAUAUAUGCGUCACCUACCUCGGGAUGAUCAUCGGUGGCGACUAUAUCUUCGAUUGGCUAAAUUUUACAGGACUGAAUCUGAGUGUCGUUGGUAGUUUGGUUUAUACGUGGGUCACGUUCCGAAGGAAACCUUCGUCCAUGAUACCCAAGUAUUCUUCGCUUUCCGACGAUCGUACGAUACAACCCGUAUGAUUCGUAUCGGCCCUCCUCCCUCUCAUUCUGUCUGAACGUUCUUUCAUCCACCCAUGCUUUUUCGUAUGCGACACUUGCUUGUCUCGAAUCUAUUCUCCUAUCUUUUGUGUCUUACCUAUCCUAUCAACGAAAAGAUAGCUGAAGUCAAUUCAUGGGUGGAUCGCUAUCGGAGGGACGAGAAUAUGAUUAAACUAAUUAAUUUGUAAUAGAUAAAUGUAAAUACAAUUUAACAACGAGACGCAUCAGAACCAAAGCGACGAAGGACCAUCCUUGCUGGAUAAGGAUGUAACUAGAAAUAAGAUUAGGAAUAGACGGAACGGGAGUGUUUUUAUACGUGUACGCACAUGAUAUGCAAACGUAGCAUGUGUCAAAAGUGUGAAACAGGACUUGUACAUAUGUAUGUAACACGUAUUCUACGAAUCCCUCAAAAGUGCCAGCGACGUAUAUUCUUACGUGUAUAGUGUAUACGUAAAUAAAAUAUAGUUAAAUCAA